UUCACAGACACGCUUUAGUGAAAACGUUUCUAAACCGACUACAGAAUACUUGACUGCAUAAAUUACAUUUUCAAUUAAAACAUCGUUUGAAUAAAAGCACAAAAGAAAAGAAACUUGAACUUUAGUCGUAUAAAAACACUUAUCAAAGUACAUCCAAUUAGAUCGAGUAAUUGACUGAAAAUGGCACUUUCAAGACCAAUUUAUAACUUUUUAGGAUUCUAUUUCGAGCAGUUGUUUAAUCAUCCAGUGAGGACAAAGUCAAUCACUAGUUCCAUUGUGGCAACAUCAGGAACAAUUGUAUCGCAGAUUUUAUCAGGACAGAAUAUAAAUCCACGUACAGUGUUUGCAUAUUCAUUGUUUGGAUUAAUCUUUGGCGGAUCUGUGCCUCAUUACUUCUAUUCAUUCUUUAAUAAUGUCGUUCCUGAUGUUCAAUAUAAAGCAUUAAUUGAAUUUUUUAUGGAACGAACCCUUUUUGCACCGGUAUUUGUAGGACUUAGUCUUUACUUCCUGUCCAUUUUUGAGGGAAAAUCACCAGAGCAGGCGCAAAAAAUCCUUAAGCAACUCUACUUAAAUGUUUUGGUCACAAAUUGGAGGUACUUAUCACUACCGGUAUUUGUAAAUUUCAAUUUUGUACCACCAAUGCUUAGAGUUUUUGUCGCCAACAUCAUUGGAUUCUUCUGGAUCAUUUAUUUAGCUGAUAAGAGACGUAGAGCAGCAGCAAAGAAAGAAAACACAAAAUAAAUAUUGAUAAUAUGUGACUGAUAGCUUUUAUCAAACAGUCUAAUUAAAACGUAUACGUUCGCAAACAUUCUUGAUUAAUUGAGCCUGGUUUAAGGGAUAUAAAGCAAAUAAGACUAAGGAUUAAUUUUUUUUUUUAAUUUUAUGGUAUUCCUUUAUUAUUUUAUUACUGUAAUGUCCUUAUAAUAUCAUGAAAUAUGUGAUUAAUUGCUUUUUAUUAGUACAAGACAACAACUGCAGAGAAAAAAAAAUAAAGUUUAUUGGAUAUUCCUUUUUUUUUGUAAAAAAAAGAGUUGAGACUAGAAGGAUUUCAGUGACCAGAAAAAAUUAAACUCGUGCUGAUGAGUGUCAAAUUAAGGACUUAUACUUCGUCGGCUAACACUUGAGCUAUGUGAACUUCCUGAUGAAUUUUGAGAGUUUCUAUAGUUUGGUAGUGGAAUCGGUCGCUUUCUUGCACUAUAUUAUCAUUUUUUAUGGGUUAGUAAAGUUAAGAAAAUGUUAGUAGAUUAUUAGUAAAUGACUUAUUUAUUAUAAUGUUCAAAAUGAUUAGUAUUCUAAGC